GCCAGAAUGAAGGAGCUCUACGCCGCGAUGAGACGGGCGCUGUUAUCUUGACGCUAGCUUGAGAGGAUCACUUACUCUGCCAUAGGGGUACAAAACGAAGGUUAACAAGAUCGCGUCCCACAUAUUAGUGUAGAGAGGGAAGAAAGCGGGUGGUGAGUGGCGGAUGGCGCGAACUGGGACAUUAAAAAUUGCCUGUAAGGCUCGCGUUCACCCUCGAAGGUUCGUUCGAACUACAGCUUUGAUGACUUAACCUUUUGAGUACUAUGCUCCUGACUGUGGAGAGACUGAUGCGACGGAGUAGAUAUGCGUGUUAGAUACCGCACCUAUAGGAUUUCAUGAACAAAAUGUGGGAGCGAAAACUCGUAGUGUGGGAGUCUGGAGAAGUGAAAGGCAGAGCUCUACUAGCGAGCGUAGCCAUUGCUCAGACUGACGGUAUAGUCACUGCUGUACCAGCCCGAACUGAGAUAACUCACAAGAAAUGGUGUGCCGUAUUUGUUGAAGUAGCCUAGUAAACAACGUCGGUUGUAUCGCCUCAGUAUCGACAUGUCAGGAAGAA